GGGUCCUGCAGGAGCCUGUUUAUUCUGCUGAUACAGCACCUCUAUGGAGUCGGGAAUGCCGGGCAAACCACCUCACCCCAAAGGGAAAAGCCUUCCUGCCACUGAGAAGAAAGACAAAACGCCAGAAAAGGCUACGUCAGUUCAAGCUCCAGGAGAACCAGGAGUGUCAGCUUCUCUUGAAAAUCAAGCUUUUGCUGAAUCUUUGGCUGCGGUCAUUAAGCAAGCGGUGGUGCAAGGUUUUCAGGAAGUAGCAACUUCUAAAAAGAGGGCAAGACAUGGUUACUCCAGACAAAUAGAUUCCCUUUCUGAGGUUUCGGAGGGAGAACUUUCGGAAGAUUCAGAAUUAGAUUCUCCUUUAGGUUCGGAAGAAGGGGAGAUUGACAUGGAGGAGGACUCCAAUUUUGAUCUGGCAGUGAUCGAGCCUCUGAUAAAAGCAGUUAGGCAGACGCUGACCUUCCCCAUGGAACCUGCCAGAUUAUCUUCAGCUGAUAAAUUGUUCCCGUCUCUGAAGAAGAGGUCGGUAUGCUUUCCAGUUCACGCCUCAAUUAAAGAUAUUAUUAUGGCAGAAUGGAAAAAAACAGAAAAAAGACCUCAGACUGCAGGAAAAUUUCUUAAGAAAUAUCCAUUUGCAGAAGAGGAUUCGAAAUUUUGGGAUUCAUCCCCUAAGGUGGAUGCAGCGGUUGUGAGACUGGCAAGAAAGACCACCUUACCGGUGGAUGAUGCGGCAGCUUUCAGAGAACCGAUGGAGAAAAAGAUUGAAUUUAAUCUUAAAAAAUCUUUUGGGGCAGCCUGUAGACCGGCAGUGGCGCUCACUUCAGUUUCGCGAGCCUUAAAAGUGUGGCUAGCUGAGGUAGAAGAAGCAAUCUCGUCUAAUGUAAAAAGACCUAAAGUGUUGGAAAUGCUGGCUGACUGUAAGUUGGCGGUUGAUUUUAUGUCAGAAGCUUCUAUUGAUCUAGUCCACUUUAUGGCAAGAUCUAUGGCACUGUCGGUGGCAGCAAGGAGAGCGUUGUGGCUUAAACCUUGGGCAGCAGAUGCAGCCUCGAAAUCCAACUUAUGCCAACUACCAUUUGAGGGAGAAAUGUUGUUUGGAGAGAGAUUGGAUACAAUCAAGAAAGUAUCUGGAGGAAAAAGUGUGUUCCUUCCUCAGGAAGGAAGAAACAAAAGGAUGAGGUUUGAUACAUCUUUUCACAGAGAGAAGGAGAGAUCAUUUAGAACAUCCAAACAAUAUAAGCCAGGGAAAGAAUUUAACAGACAGUCGUCCUGGAGAUCGGGCCGUCAAAGCUCAAGAGGCAAUUUCAGGAGAUCGAGAGGUUUCUCCACCUCAGGCUCAACGGCUCAGCAGCAAUGA